CCCCUUCGCAUCCCCCUCCCCUCCCUGCCCCUGCCGGCCCCCGCACCUCCUCGCCUCCGCAUGGCCUCGCCGUCCGUCGUCCGCGAUCACCUCCGCAUGGCCGCCAUGGCCCUGGCCGCCCUCGCCCGGGGUGGGCGCGGCCCUGCCCGCCGUGGGGACUGGACAGGGAGCACCUGGGCGCCGAACCGGAUUUCGUUCAGCGGCAACAACCGGACGCACAUGGUGCGUGUCCCGGGCAGCGACCGCUUCGAGGUCCGGGUGGCGGACGGCGCCGUGAACCCGUACCUUCUGCCGGCCGUCCUCCUCGCCGCGGGCCUGUGGGGCCUCGACGGGAAGGUGAGCCCCAAGAGGUUCUUCUUCGACCCGAGCGUGAACAUGUACGCCAUCCCCAAGGGCGCGCCUGAGAUCAGCGAGCUCCCCACCAUGCCGCAGUGCCUGUUGGACGCGCUCCGUGCCAUGGAGGCCGACGCGGACCUGACAGGUAUGCUCGGCGCGAAGUUCACUGAGAGCUUCCAGAAGCUGAAGAAGGAUGAGUGGUCCGAGUAUGCGCACCACCUCUCUGCCUGGGAGCUGCAGAACACGCUGGACUGCUGAGCGCCUCUGGGGAUAAUCGCGUAGGCUGUGCGGCGAGCUCUGGUUUGUUAUUGAAGUCGGCAGGGCCACCCACUUGUCUAUAGCAAGGGAGGCCUGACACCUCCUGGGCCCGGGCCCCCCUCCGACUAGUCGCCGUCAGGCUGCGGCAGGCACCUCGACCCGCGUCGCGCCCCUUUUCCUGUGUCUCGGCGGCGCGCGCAGCGUCGUUUUCCAGCCGAAGAGGGCAGAAAUAUCGGGCCCUGGGUCGGGGGGGGCCGUCGCCGAGGCGGCGCCCCGGCCAGGGUUCCCACUUUUCUUCGAAAUAUUCAGAUUCUACGCACACGCCGCAGUAGACGCUCUAGAUCUCCUGCUGGCGCCUGAUGCGACGGGCCGGGCAGCUUCAGCACCCCACGAAAAGA